AUGGUUCAAAAGAAGAGAUAUGAGGAGACAUCCUCACUGCACCCUUUCGCCAGAGUCUUACGUCAUGACUACAAACCAUCACCAAUCCAGGCUGUGCUGGCACCAAAGACCAACGGCAAAUAUCCCAGUACUGGCAGCCUGGAUGGAAACACUUCUUCCAGGGGGCAGGGCUUGGGGGACGUGACCCCGCCCCUUGCGGACGCCGAAUCCGACGCCGCGCAGCGAUUGGUGGGACGUUGGCGGGGGAAGCGGAGGUGGGGCAGCUGGUCUCGAGCUCUGGUCCAGGUCCAGAUCCGGAUCCGGCUGCUUCUCUACCUUGGACUCCGGGUUCCCUGGAGGAGAUACCUCCUCCUCCUCCUUCCGGGGUGCUGGCCAACACUUGGAUGCCUGUACUGUCUUCUUCAGCAUUACCAUGCACCCUUGGCUUGCCUAGACCUGGGUGCUCUUCUUCCAUCUUUUCACCCCUCCAUAUUUAGGAAGGGAAUUCCAGCUUUCAAGAUUACUCAGCUUUCCAGAACAAUGCUACGGAAAAAACGACGGUUAUCAGAGUCAAAGGCCAGCCAGAGUCAACCCAAGUUCGAUUCCUUGGGGGAUCAUCCACUUGCCUCACCCCGUAGUCCUGCUCCAGAGUACAGUAUCUAUUUCACUCACCAGAAAAGCAGCGGUUCCCGACUGGGACCUGAGUUUUUUGACCAGCCUGCAAUCACCCUGGCCCGGGCCUUUCUCGGACAGAUUCUGGUCCGGAGACUUCCUGAUGGCACUGAAGUUCGAGGUCGGGUGGUGGAAACAGAGGCAUACUUGGGAGCUGAGGAUGAGGCAGCACACUCCAGGGGGGGAAGGCAGACACCUCGCAACAAAGGCAUGUUCAUGAAGCCAGGCACCCUGUAUGUGUACAUCAUCUAUGGCAUGUACUUCUGCAUGAACGUCUCCAGCCAAGGUGAAGGGGCAUGCAUCCUUCUUCGUUCCUUGGAGCCAGUGGGAGGCCUGGAGACGAUGCGGCAGCUUCGUAACGCCCACCGUAAAGGAGCUGCCAGGGCCCUCAAGGACCGGGAACUUUGCAAUGGCCCCUCUAAGCUAUGUCAAGCCCUGGCCAUUGACAAGAGCUUUGACCAAAAGGACUUGGCAGAAGAAGAGGCCAUUUGGCUGGAGCAGGGCCCUGAAAGGCCAGGAGAACAUGGCGUGGUGGCAGCAGCCAGAAUUGGUAUCAACUAUGCUGGAGAGUGGGCCCUAAAGCCACUCAGAUUCUAUAUCCAAGGCAACCCUUAUGUCAGUGUGGUAGAUCGAAAGGUGGAACAGCAAAUGCAGGCCAGUGGCUAGGGAAGCCCAGCAGCUGCUGCUGCUGAAUUCAGUGCUUGCUGGCUGAGCCCCUGCUGUGUCAAUGUCAUGGCUUGGCUAGGCUCCAGCAAAGA